GAAUGACACUCACAGGCCAUCGGGUUGAAACCCCACCUACUCUAAUCCUUUCGCACAGGCCGUGUAAACGAAAGGACCGUGUCGAGCGGGGAUGAUGGAUCGGCGAAAUUACUUGGAGGAUGAUAAUAAAUAGAGGAUGUCUAGUCAGUUAUUUCCCUGCGGUUUGAGUAACUAUUCUUUCUGUUGAUUUUUGCUACUCUAAAACGGCCCCCAAUUGCACUUUAUAAUAAUGGGUUCUGUGCAAUAUCCCUGUGAUGUUCCAACUCUCACGCACCUGGAGCGUAUCGGGCCAAAGGGCUACCUUCGCUACAUCUUCCUCUUCCAGCUUCCAGAGGGCUAUGAUAUGGACGAAGUUGCUAGGGUUCUAAAGACAGGAUACAGUGCCGCCAAGAACCAGAUUUCAGUACUGGCAUGUGAGGCCGUGCCAGAUGCUGGCUCGAAACAGGCAGGGGUACUGAAGCUGCAGAGACUGAAUGAUGGAGAUAUCGAAGACAUUGUUGUCAAGGACUUACGAGCGCAGGGCGUCUUCCCACUGACUUAUGCGGGGCUCAAAUCGAAAAACUUCCCACUUUCGGCAUUCGACGCAGAGAUUCUGUGUCGCCGGUCUGUCUGGGCAUUACCUGGAGAGAAAUUGCCUAUCUCCCUGGUGCAGGCCAACUUUAUUGACGGCGGCCUGAUCCUGACAUGGUGCAUCUUCCAUAUGGUUGGCGAUGGCACGGCCUUCUACACCUGGGCCAAAGUAUGGGCGGAAGAGUGCCGUCGUGCCCAGGGCCUGGAAAUUGCUGAGCCCAUUCAGCUUCCUGGGGCUAUCUUCAGCGACAGAGAACGCGUCAUGAAGCCAUCGGGUCGUAACCAGGGAUUGCUGAAAGAUCACCCCGAGUACACACUCUCAUCUGCUACGCCUGGCGUGGCGCUACGCAAGAUGCUGUCUUCAGAUCAUCGUGGACAGGUCUUCUACUUUUCCCCAGAGUCUUUGGCCUCGCUAAAGGCUGAGGCAUCGCCAGAAAAUGCAAAGCAACACUCUGACCAGCAAUGGAUCUCGACUAAUGAUGCUCUCUCGGCUCUUCUCUGGCGCACAGUCAUGGCUGUACAGUGGCCGCUUGACUCGUUGGAGGGUAAUCCGAUAUCUGUCUUCAAUAUCGCUAUUGAUGGUCGCGAGCGGAUCGAUCCUCCUAUUCACCAGAGCACCCUAGGCUGCUUUCUCGAAUAUGUCGCUGUCAAAGCUCCUAUCCGGGAAAUACUCAGCUCCGCCAACCUUGCCGACCUGGCAAUUCUGAUCCGCAAGGCGAUCCAGCGUGCCGAUAACCAAUUCACCGAUGACGUGAUAACUCUUAUUGAGAAACUCGAAGAUGUGAACCAACUCUUUCCGACAGCGUUUCUGGACGUCCCGGGAUCUCAUUGUGUGCAGACAUCAUGGGUGAAAUUCGACCUAUAUUCUCUAGAUUGGGGUUCGCUGCUGGGUGGCAGAAUUGAUUCUGUACGGGCCCCCCAUGUGGGCGUUAUCAACGGCUUGCAGGUUGUACUUCCGGUUUUGCCAGAUGGUGGAAUAGAAGUCAUAGUAGGCGUUGAGGCAAGCUGCUUAGACAGGUUGCUGCAUGAGCCGCUGUGGACAAAGUUCGCAAAGGCUAGGUAACCUGCAAUCAAUGGACAUAUUCUGUGAUUAGCAUAGUAAGACUUCCUUCAACAAAACUUGAGCCCGUAGCAAACGCGGAGGGAGGAGGAUGCACCGGAUAGUAGAGUAUAUCUCCCAAGCCAUCGCCUUAUAUAUUUUCUCUGUUGUCUGAAGGAAAGACAAAAUUAGUUCUCUUUAGGAAAACUCGGUUUUAACUGUGACUAUA